GUUAAUCCUUGAUUGAUUUUUAGUACCAGUAAUCCAUCAUGACAUACCACAACAAAGAGCCAAUGGGAGCACUAUGUGCGUCGCCUGGCAACUAUACACAACGCAACACAACACAGAGAAGGUCUUUACUGGGAAGAAGUGCAGAGGACGUAACCACUAUUGAAAUGUUAUGUGUUUACCAUAAAAAAAUUGAAGAAAAAUACCCAUCCACGACUGGCGUUUGCUCAUGAGCCUAAUGGCCUGUCACACACUAACGUCAGCCAUCGACAAGCUCGUUCACAGCCUGUGUUUGGAAAGCUUCCCAUGUGGCAGAGGGAGCUGGCACAAGCCAUCAUUAAGAGACUCUGAAGACUUGCGUGAUGAUGAGAGCACAGGCGCACGGUUCGAGGAGACCGACAAUCUCCAUGACCUGCUCCGAAGUCCACUAUCGCCGUGGCAUGAGGAGGCAUCAUGGAGUCCUCAGGCCUUAGCCUUGAGAGAACUUGCUGUAAAGGCACCAUGUGAAUUUAAUGCCAACUUCAUAUAUUCAACCUUGACAACUCUACGGAUUGUGGACCGAGGGGUUUCGGUCAUCGAUGAGGGAUUGUUGAUGUUCACUUGUCUGGAGGAGCUCAUAUUAACUGUUAACAACAUCACUGAGGUUCCUUUAAAGAACCUUCCAAAGACACUUAAGGUUCUUGAACUUUGUGGCAAUCAGAUUUCUAGUCUCAAGAGUCUGAGGACAGACCUCCCUCCUCAUCUCCUACAUUUAGGUCUUGGUAACAACUGGCUUGGCUCUCCUGAAGACCUCCAAUAUUUUAAUGCCAAUCUUUGGCCCCAGCUGAUGUCUCUCGAUCUGAGUUGGUCUGGGUAUACAGGACAGUAUGCUCUUCUGGAUACCCUCUCUAGAUUGCCUCGCCUACGGAGUUUAGUUCUAGAGGGCAACCCUCUAACCCUAACUACCUUGUACCCGGGCUUUACACUGGACAGCUUAGUUCACUUGCUCCACCUAGACGGAAAUAAAGUAACACCAGAUGACCGGCAUCGCUUCAGUGGCCUUGCCCAACUUAGAGCAUCAAUCUCUGAGGAAGCGGCGGUCACCGUGUGUGUUAAGAAGAUGAAGGGUGUUCCUAACCCCACUUUGUUGUUGGAUGAUGAUGCAGUUGAGUUCCCCCUGAUCAGCUACAGCUAUUCAGUCUCUUAUGAAUUUCUUGAUGAAGCUCAAUCCCAGAAAAGUCAGGUUCAAGCUGAGGGCCAAACAUUGGAAAAUAUUCCACUGACUCCACAAGAGAAUAAGAGAGUAACACCAAUCCCAUGUAUGUCAUCAGAUCACCAAAGUCAUGCCUUCAGCAUUCCUGUAGCUAUGAACUGGACAUCAAAGCAAGAGUGGUCUGAAGUAAUUGACUUUAAUUAUGCAAGCACACACCACAUCAGAGACCUGGCAGCUCUCAAGAAUUUUAUUCUCCGAGGCCUUUGGCUCACUGUGGAAGAGCAGAAGGUUUUGUCCUGGCCUGCAUCUCCGGCUGAAAGAACUGGAAUCAAAGCAUCAGCAAACAAGAAAGAGGCCACAACGGCAGGUACAAAAGCAAAAGAUAAGAAGAAGAAAAAAGAAUCAGAGCUCAAGUUGAUUCAUGAAAAACCUAUCAAGCAAAGCCUUGGUUCAGUUCAUGUACACCUGAAAGAACUUUUGGAAGGAAAAGAUCAAAUUAGAGAAGAGUGUAACUUGGGGAUAUACCAUUCAGAUCACGCCAUCAGAACAGCAGUCAUCCAAGAAAAGGAGAAAACUAAGAAGCAUAAAGAAGAAAACAAAGAAGAAAAGAUAUUAAAGCCAACUUCUGCAAAAGGAAAAGGAAAAGGAUGCAAGGAGAUUUUGGCUGAGGCCUUGGCUGACGAAAGCAACCCUUCCAAGAUGGAGCCUCUAACUGUUGAGGUCACAGGGAAGCCUGGAGCCUAUCCCAGGGAGCCAAUCCAUCGCAGGGCACAAUCAACUGUGUUAUAUAUAUAUAUAUAUAUAUAUAUAUAUAUAUAAACACCUCCAGAACUCAUUGUAUGUGAACACAGUUCGCCGUGCCAUCCACAAAUCACAAAUUGUAUAGGGAACUGUGUACAGUUUAAUUUAUUCAUAUACACAUUUACACAGAUUGUGGGUGGGAGCCAAAAUUAGGAAUUCUAAAUUAUUUACAUAGGCAGCAUUUCCAGUCAACCUUUUUAGCCCCUGUUGAACUGCUUCUCUGACAUGGAAAGGCAUGCCAUAUGGAACCACCUGCAGAGGUGACAUUCAAUCUGGAAAAAGAUAAUAAUAAUCUUAUCAAAUUGCUCAGUAAUCAAUUAUUUUCUCACUCACUCACUCACUCUACACACAGUUCCCUACUUAGUUAAAAAAAUUGCACUGAAUUACCAAAAACGUCGGUCGAGUCAACAAGGCAGUUAUAAUGGUGGCCAGCUGACAGACAUAAAAUGCAGAAAACAAAUAAACAUGUGUGACAUAUUAAAACAUUUGUGUAUAAUCAGUUCUUUUUAUUAUUUCAUUAAUAUGACCUUUUUUUAAGAAAACCAUUAAUUCCAUUUUGUCCCCCUCUUUAUGCAUUCGUGUAGGUUUUUUGGUUCAUGCAUUGUAUUGUGAAAUAUCACAAAUCUAGAAGGUGUGCAUCAUAGCUGACACCUACAUCAGCGCUUUACAGUUGGGUUUGUGACUGUAGGUCAUUCUCUCCAAAUGCUAUUGAAGUUAGAAACGUGUAUACCAAUGUCUUAUGUAACUUUAACGUCCAACGUCAGACCAACUUUAUGGCAGUGAAUGAAAUUUCAGAUAGAAAAGUUCAUUGUCACAUCACAGUGUUAUGUACCAGAAAGAGUGUGACUCCUUAUGAGACAUUACCUGAAAUAACUUUAUGAAAGAAAAAUAU